UUUAUAAUUUUCUUCCACAUUCCACACAAUUUCACACCAAUCAUUAUUUAUUAUUUAUUAUUUAUAUUAAUUAUUUAUAAUUAUUUGAACAAUGUGCCCGACGUUUUGAGUUAAUUAGAAAUGGACUUGUUGCUGAAGAAUCAUAAGGGGCAAUUUAUGGAACGGGUUAAUUUCCCCGUGGACGGCACCGUCGAGGAUUUUAAAACCUUCUUCUACGAAAAACACCGCUUCUACCCCGAACGACAACGAUGGACCGUUAAUUCACUCACCGGGCCCGUCCUAACCGGGAAUAAACUAACCGAAAACGGCGUCACCGACGGAACUUCACUAUAUUUCAAGGAUCUCGGAGUUCAGAUAUCGUGGCGUUUGGUGUUUUUUAUGGAGUAUUUGGGACCGCUUUUUAUUCUUCCGCUGCUCUACUUCUUCCCCUCCUUCUUCUACAGAACCGAACCGCUCAUCAGAUACUGCUCCCAAAAGUGUGGAUUUGUGAUGUUGAUGUUUCACUUUUUGAAGAGGGAAUUCGAGACCUUUUUCGUCCACAGAUUCUCCAAAGAAACAAUGCCCAUCAAAAAUCUCUUCACCAACUGCUUUCACUAUUGGGUAUUGUGUGCGAUUGGGAUAGGGUAUUAUUUAUUCCAUCCUAAUUACAGGCCUGUAUUAUUUUUCACUCGAGGCGCUGAAAAGAUUAUUUUAUUCGCACUCUUCUUCUUAUUUCAAUUUCUCACCUUCAUGACUCAUCUCACACUCUGCAGACUACGACCAAAAGGGACGGUGGUGAGGGGGAUACCGCGUGAUUGGGGGUUUCAGUAUGUGUCGUGUGCGAAUUAUUUUUGGGAGUUGUUGAUUUGGGUUGACAUUGCGUUGUUUGUGAAUACUCUCACGGGGUAUUUUUUCGCAUUUGCCGUGUUUUUAAUACUGGCAAACUGGGCCAAAAAGAAACAUAACAAAUAUCUUAAAGAAUUUCCAAACUAUCCAAAAAACAGAAAAGCACUCAUACCCUUCCUAUUUUAAUCUCAUACCCACUAUA